GGGACAGAAAAAAGUCAUUUUGACAUCAGUUGACCUAUAAAUGAUUAAAAUAAGUCACGGAUUGAAAAAUGACCUGUCAUGACACAAUUUUGAUUUAGACUUCCAUGACCAACAGAAUAUGUUGUAUUUGAAAAUUUCACAAAAUUUCUUGUAACACUGAAGUUUUCAAUAAAUUUGCAUCACUAAGUGAACCAUUUAAAAGAAGUACUUCAAUUCCGGUCUUAAUGACGUCUACUUGACGUCAUGUUGACGUAGUGAACACGAUAACACGAUAUCAACUGUUUGAACCUUUUGAAAUUUGGCGCGUUCGACUGAUGCGACGAUGCGACCGGCCGGUGUGUUUUCGCUAAGAAGUUUCCAAGUUUCCACGUGUGAUCCCACUGUUCAGGUUUAACUAUUAUUUUACGUGCGCUGUCAGGGGAAAAGGAUGGCUGAGGGAGAAGAGGAAAAUCAACUCGCACCGUUUUCCUUGGUGAAGCUGUUUGCGCCAGACACUGGGUAUGAUGGGGACAGUGAAGAAGAUGAGCCACAGGCAUUCAACCUCAGAGUCAUCAGCUCUACAUGGUUGAAUGAAGACAAAACCAAGUGCUGGUGGCCACCUGCUUCUAUUGCAAUGGACCGAGCAGGACGUAUGGCCGCAAACCACGCUACACCAGACCCCAAAACCUGGCAACAUAUCGAUGUAUCUGUUGAGGGGAGUUACAGAACCUAUGGAAGAGGCUUAAAGAACCUCAAGGCUCUAGAAAAGGGCAUGAAAGCUGAGGGGGACAAAACAACAGACUACGAACGUCCAAGAAUAAAAAGAAGACCAACGAGACUGGUGGAGGAAGAUGAUGAAAUUAAAGCACCAAAGAGAAAAAAGUCAUCAGCCCCUGCUAAAAGCCGCUUUGGUUCGGACUCUGAUGAUUCAACAAAGACUGUACCUGCCCCAGUAUUCAAUAAACUUGAAGAAAAACUCAACAAAGUAAUCGCUCGAAGAGCAGUGCAGGUGAAACCAAACGCUAGUCAACCGAAGGAAAAAAGUAGUAAAGUGGUUGUACCGAUAGAGUCUCAACACAAAGUAAAAGGUACUGAAACAAGAAGUGGUCGUAGAUGUGAGCGGAGUCCUACAGGUGACAAGUCAGUUCGUGGAACUGUUGCUAAAGGAUCUGGUGGCUCUGCCGAGGUAUCAUUGCAUCCACCGAAACAACUUGUUACUCUAGGAAGUACCACUUGUAAACCUGGAAGUGGUAGUUGUGAAAAUCAGCCAGUUAGUGGAACUGUUGCUAAAGGGUCUAGUGGCAGUUCCAAGGUGUCUUUGCAUCCACCGAAACAACUUGCUCUAGGGGGUACUCCCAUUAAAAUUUCAAGUGCUAGCCGAGAAAAUCAGGUGCUUCUAGGUGACAAGCCAACUAGUCUGACAACUGUUGACAAAGGUAAAGAACUUUCAGAUGGUAAUAAUUCACCCUCCGGCUCUUUCUGUGGGGACCACGAUACCCUUCAUACCCGGACAUCACCAGGCUCAGGCUCACCCAGAAGUGAUGUGGAUUCUGCUCCUUGCAACUCUGAUCAUUCUAUUGGCCCUUCACCAUCACCUAUUAGUGUACCCUCUCACAGUGUUGGAAAUUCAACCUCCGCUGCUGUACCAUCAUCUCACCUUCUCCAACUUUAUGAGGACAAUGUAUGAGAACAUCAAAACGAUGCUGCAAAAAGUUAUUUUAAAUCAAAAAAGAAUUCUGUCCUGUGUUCAAGACGAAGACGAACAACGUCUGGAUGAUUUUGAUUUUGUCCCUUCUGACAAGUUUCCUCUCAAGACGGA